GAUCGCGUUGUUUUUUCUCCAGUAAUGCACUACAAUGAUCGCCGUGCCAGCCAAAUUUCGGAAUAGUAUAUGAUUUGGAUAUAGACUUAACCAUUGCAGUAUUCCACGAAAUUUGUAUAUAUAAGUUAAUCUAUAAUUUAAAAAAAUUAGAAAAUAUCAAUUACUUUUCAUUAGACAAAAAUAUAUUUGUUCAAAAAAAUCACCUCUCACACGCCUCAUCUCCCUAGAUAAUUAUCUAAAAUCGACUCCCUAAUUUUCGGAGUAGAUUUAUCUAGCCAUUUUACCAGCACUUGUUGACAGUGCACAGCAACCCUGUCAGUCACCAGAUGAUUUUACAAACUUUGAGCACUGCGUAAAUAAACAUUCGUUAUCAAAACAAUUUUGCGCAUUGGGCCGAAUUUUCAAUAAAUACUACUAAGGACACAAAAUAAUGGAUUACGCUCCAUUAAAUUUAGCACAUUUUCAUGAACGUCGUGCUAAUCGCUUUCUCAAUCGCCAUCGCUACGACGACGCCUAUAAGGCAAUAGAAACCUCGUUGAUAUAUCUACAAGAUGCAUUUAAAUCGGCGCUGAUGCAAAAAUCUGUGGAAUUGCUAAAUACACAAAAAUGGGAAUACCAGAGAAAGUUAAGUCAAAUACAAAUGCAUAAGCAAGAGCAUGAAAGUUUAAAGCACAAAGAGAUUGUACCACUAUCGGCCACAACAACAAACACACCACCCGUAUUAAUAUUCAGAACAGACAGUAAUCUGACUGCACAAUCUGUAGCCAAAUCAAUUGAUCGAACAGUACGAGAAUUUGACACUAAACUUAACAUAUCACCAAUAAAGCGUACGAACAGCAGAGAAAACAAAGACUAUCGUAGUGCAAAUAAUAGUGCCGAAGCGCAUGGCGGCCCACCAAAGGGGGUUGUGAAGACAAUUGCACCUAUUACACAGUCACCAUACGAACGGAAUGCAGAUAGACCAGCUUUUUACAUAACUGAUAGCGAUGAGAUACCAUCGUUAACACCACUCGAAUUACCUUCUUUCGAAUAUCAUUCCUACGCCUCAACCCCAUCUUUGACUAAUUUAAGCGCGAAUUUUAAUAAAUAAUAGUGAAUGUUUGUUUCGAAUAUGUGACGAUCUCUUGCGAAUGGCAAUACCCAGACAGCAUAUGUAUUAUGUGUAUCAAACAAAUAUACAAUAUUAUAAAUUUAAUUCAUUAAAGUAUUACAACAAAAAUUA